GGACAAACUAGAAGAGGCGGCCAAUUCUACUACCGAACCUAUCCAUUCUCCCCACAGCGAGCUCUCGGGCCGGAGCCCUGCUAGGCCUGGGACGCGCUUUUCCAACCAUCAACCUAGCUAUCCCAAGCGCUGCCCACUCGUGAUACCCAUCCCUUUUAGGAUACAGCGCGAAGGAGACUGCGAAGGAAGCGUCUGGGGUGGUCCGUUCAACCUGGAGGCCGAGCUAUGCGGCCCUAUAAUCGAGGCAAUACCAUAUUGUUAUUCAGGCCAGCUCGGGGAAGAGAUACUCCAGCCACAGAUUCCAAUCUUAAUCACUACCGAGCCAUUUCCCUCUCCUGACGUCAAUACCGCUGACGCUAAAGCCGAAGCCUCUACCCCUCGCCACAAGGAUAUCUCAACCGAAAUCCCAAGUCGCUCAACUCAAAGUCGUCUUAUACCAGAUCGUUAUACGCUAAUUCGCUUAAUUGUCAUGGGUCGGCCUACGCCGAGUCUCUGUACUCCAAACGGGCCAAGACAGGACAUAAAACUUCCUAUAAUCACAAAACCUCCCAGCGCGGUGAUCGUCGCGAAAUCUGCGAACUACGACAUCAACUCUAGCACCGAUGGCAUAGGUCACGAGAUUAUUAGCGGAGGUACUAGCCAUAGUAGUAGCGGAGCUCGGAUUGGGAGUGGUGAAAUCCACGGAACCGCUGGUGAACACCGUGGUAGUCCUCCUCCAAGAAGCACGUGUGUUGCCGCCGCCUCUAGUACCCGAGUCGACGGAUCCGAGCACGAUGCCGGCGGCGCGGCCGUAGACAGACGUUCCGAUCCUAAUUUUGAUCUCGAGGCUCAGCAAAUGCAACCGGAAUCGCAACCGCAGCCCCAACCGCAACCGCAGCCCCAACCGCAACCGCAGCCCCAACCGCAACCGCAGCCCCAACCGCAACCGCAGCCCCAACCGCAACCGCAGCCCCAACCGCAACCGCAGCCCCAACCGCAACCGCAGCCCCAACCGCAACCGCAGCCCCAACCGCAACCGCAGCCCCAACCGCAACCGCAGCCGGGACAUCAAUCCCAGGCCCAGCAGGCCCCGAGCCCGCCACGGAUUUCCAGCAUACAAAGAGGCCAGACCCUCCUCGCGUCGAUCCGGUCCAAACUCCGACACCCGAUCGCCACGGCAGAAGGCCGGCCCCUUGCGCAGGUGGUUUUUCGCCGUCUUCGUCCCCGGGCCUUUUCUCAUCUGGAUAACAGCCGCCGUCGUUCCCAAGCCCAGCGAGACCGGCUCGUUGUUCGCGUCCGGACACGGGCCGGCUACGGUUCUGGGGCGUGCCACUUCAAUCAGUUAACCCGUCCUCCCCACCACCCUCUUCCUCCGUAUGGAGCUAUCGGUGCGUGCGCGCGCGAAGCGGAAAACGACGGAGCGAGGCGAGCCGGGAGCGGGAAGAGGAGUUCGCGCCGAGAAAGAAAAGUCCGGAGGGGAACUGCGGGCGGAGAGAGGGUGGGCAGGACGGAGAGGUGGCGCCUAGCCCUACGGACAGACAGGCAGGCAGUUAGAGUAUCGUCCGCUGCGAACCUGGACGAAGCCGCCAGAGCGUCGACAAGGUCAUGGUGCCAUGCUACGCACGCCGCGCCCGCGGAUAUAUAAUAAUAUAUACUAAGCAUGGCUGUCAGGCUGGCGGGUUGAUCGGGCCUAAUCGGCAUGGUUGGUUGCAUUGCGAGUUGUCAAUUACCGUUUCCACCUCCCCCUCUUCCGGCUGUAAGAGUAAUUUUAUGUAGUUCCGAGUUACAGCGGACUUGUCGAUUGCUACGGCGCUGGCGAGUAUUUACGGAUUGAGACACGGCGCCCCGUCGAAUAAUAGUAAUAACGAUAAUGAUA